UGGAUCACCGCGUCAGCACGGUAAGGAGCCCUUGCAGUCGAAUGGCGCAGCUGGGUGGCAAGGUGAUGUGCUACUGCGAUACUUGGCACUGCUCCAAUGACGGUGCCAAGCUACUGUGCCUGGAUGACGACGUACGACCCUUCCCCCAGCGCUGCUUCGCGCUCAACGUCGGCAUUGGCUUCGACCUUUCCUUCGACGAGGCCAUGGUGCAGUACGGGUGUCGCGUGGCAGCGCUCGACCCGACCAACCCCAACAUCACCAACAUGAUGCACCGGAAGAACCUCCACGCGCUCGGCAUAGGCCUCGACAACAAGGACUACAUCCUCACCCUCGACAUGACCUACGACAGUAAGAACUACGUCAAAGCCACCGCGUCGUAUAUGACUUACAAGUCGAUUUUGAACACCCUCGACCACCCACGCGUCGACCUCUUGAAGAUCGACAUCGAAGGCUACGAAUGGCGGGUUUUGAAACAGAUCCUCAACGCCCCCGACGCGACAGAACUACUGAAGGACGUCCGGCAGAUCCUAUUGGAGAUCCACCUCGACUUCCUCCUGAAACCUGACGAAGUGUUGGACAAGUACGAGAACAUAUUAGACACCCUGCAGGUCCUGAGGCAGCUCGAAAACUUCGGCUUCGUCCUCGCCGCCUACGACCUCAACGAGACGAGGCAGCAGCACUUCGCGUUCAACGGGUACCAGAUAGCGGUCUUCCGGGAACUGACGCUGCUCAGGAGGCCGACGAAACCCAACGAACGAAAAUAUAAAUACAGAACAGCACGUGCUCCUGUCUCAUUCCAGGAGAACUUUGUGGCAAAUCUUCAUAUGCCAAGUUACAACCUCUAA